GCAAGAGCGCCGCAGGUACCUGUGGUGUCCGUGGUGGUUGACCCCCGUGGAGGUCCUGUUGCAAGAGCGCAGGUGCCUGUAGUGCCCGUAGUGAUUGACCCCCGUGAACGUCCUGUUGCAAGAGCGCAGGCACCUGUAGUGCCCGUAGUGAUUGUCCCCAUGAGCGUCCUGCUACCAGAGCGCCAGAGGUACCCGUAGCGCGUGUAGUAAUUGACCCCCACGAAGAUCCCAAGUCUCUUCGUCUCAAGGCCAUGCAGGAGGGAAGUCAGAUGAGGAAAUGCUUGAAGGAGAGGAAAGGAGCGAAAGCUAGGAAUGAACAACAGCGCGCCAAAGAGCUUAACAAGAGGGGUAAGGCACAUAGGGUAAACAUGAUUCUCCUCGACAAGGAAGCCAGCGCGAAGAUAUUCCAAGAGAAUAAUCAAGUUUGUUGAGUUCCUUUCAAGAGCAGCGCCGUCUGACCUUUUUCAGAACCGCAGAAAUGGAGUCGAUCUCCACGGACUCUACGUCUCGGAAGCCCUGUCCUAUUUCGACACCUCUGUUCAAGGUGCUCGGGACCGCGAGGAACCGUCACUUUGUGUGAUCGUAGGUAAGACAUGAUGACACCUUUCAGCUUUGCUCAGCGACGGCGAAACUGCUCAGGAAAGGGAAAGCACUGCGAU